AUGGCUGACUCUGCCGACGCCUUCCUGGCGGGCAUUGACAGGGAAGUUCGCGGAAAGAACGAGGACCGCCACGGCUCGUCUGCAACGCACCGCGAUCGGGAUCACGACCGCGAUAGGGACAGGAGAGACCGUAGAUCCGGCAGAGACGCCUAUGAAGAAGACCGCAGCGCCUCCUCGAGCUCUCGGAAACGACGCGACGCCGACGACCGCGACGAGCGCGAUCGGUAUCCUCACAAAUCGCACCGCGACGACCGUGAUCGCGAGCGAUCCGACCGUCACGAAGACGACGACCGUCGCCGCAGAAGGCGAGAAGACGACUACUACGGAGGCAGCAGGGGCUCUCGUGAUAGCAGGGAUAGCCGCUAUGGCCGAGACAGCUACUCUUACAGACGGGACCGCGAUCGCGAUGAUCGCUAUCCCGCACGCAGAGAACGCUCGCGAUACGACGAUGACGACUACUACCGCGACAGAGGCGGCCGCGGCCGCGGUGGUGACUGGCGAAGUGCCGAUGCUCGCGAUGGUAGUCCGUCGAUGCGCCGCAGUCCGACGCCAGAAGGUACGAUCCGAAUCAGCCAACGACCGAGGCCCAAGUCCAAGUGGGACAUUCCUGCACCUGGCUUUGAAGGCACCAGCGCUCUGGCCGCCAAGGCCACCGGCUUGUUCGGCAUUCCAGGCCAGACCAGGCUCGUCGGAAUGCCGCCCGUCAAUCUCGGCGUCAACGGUCCCGGCGUGCCUCCCGGUGUAGGUCUGCCCUUGCCGCCCGCCCACAUGGGCGGUCAACCCAUCCACCCGCAUCGUGGCGGGCCCAUGCAUCCGAGGCAGCCCUACCUGCCACACCAAAAUCAACAGCAACAUCCCGGCAUGUACCCACAAGAUGGGCAGCAAUAUGCACAAGGACAGCCUCCCUUUGCGGGACAGUAUCAGCAGGGUCACCCGGCUUCCCACAAUCAAGCACCCGCAGCCAGUGACAGCGGCCGACAGGCGCGACGACUCUACGUAGGCAACAUCACGCACCAAGCCAACGAACCCAGCAUGGUGGCCUUCUUCAACGAGCAGAUGCUCAAGCUCAAGCUCGGCACCGAGCCUGGCGAGCCGGCCGUGUCGGCGCAGGUCAACGUGGACAAGGGCUACGCUUUCGUCGAGUUCCGCCAUCCGGACGAGGCGACCAACGCCAUGUCUUUCGACGGCAUCGUCUUCCAGGGCCAAUCGCUUAAGAUCCGCAGGCCCAAGGACUACACCGGCCCCGACGUGCGCCCGCCGUCGAGCAUCCAUGUGCCUGGCGUGAUCAGCACCAACGUGCCCGACUCACCGUUCAAGAUCUUCGUCGGUGGCUUGCCCACCUAUCUCACCGACGAUCAAGUCAUCGAGUUGCUUCAGGCUUUUGGCGAGCUGCGCUCGUUCAACCUUGUCAAGGAUCCGGCGACGAACGCUUCCAAAGGAUUCGCAUUCUGCGAAUACGUCGACACUGCACUCACGGAUCUCGCCUGCCAGGGACUCAACGGCAUGGAGCUGGGCGACCGCAACCUCGUGGUCCAGCGCGCGAGCGUUGGAAGCGAGAAGAAGGCACAGGCGAUCGCCGCAUCUGGCGCCAACGUGGGAGCCCUUGGUGUGCCCAGCUCGGUACAGCAAUUGGCCGGUGCAGGAGGGGACGCGGGCGAGCCGACGUCGUGCAUGGUCAUGCUCAACAUGGUGACGCCCGAAGAGCUGCAGGAUGACGAAGAGUUCGCUGACAUUGUCGAGGACAUCCGCGACGAGUGCACCAAGUACGGCACGGUCAACGAUGUGCGUGUGCCCAGGCCGGCCAAGGAGAGCAAAGGUGCCGCCGCGCAUCAAUGGAAGCGCAGCCAGAACGACGAGACUGUCGAUGCCGACAAGCCGAGCGAGCGCGAGGGCGUGGGCCGCGUCUAUGUGCGGUACGCCGAGACGGACGAGUGUGCGCAGGCGCUCAAGGCCAUCGCUGGAAGGCAGUUCGGCGGACGCACAGUGAUCUGCGCCUUCCUCAAGGAGGACGACUGGCCCGGUGACGAGGACGGCGGUUUGAAUGCCGACGACACUGCCGCUCAGGCCAGUGGUCCUGCAUUCGGCGCCGAGGCCAAUUGA